CGAGAAGAUGCGCAGUAUAAUCUCAAGCACAAACUCCUCUUCAAACAGUUGAUUGCCACCCCCAACUGAUCAGUGGAAGAAGUGAAAAACCGUUCGCGGAGCUGUAGAGACCCGCUCCGCAAGGAAAUUGUCCAUAGCCGCAGUGGAUCUGGCCUCCCCAAGAAGCGGCCCUAUAUGUUUAAAGAACAACUUAUGUUUCUAUGCGACAUUAUGGAUCUUCGUCCAACGGAGAAUAACCUUGAGGAGGAAGUGGAGGGGACAGUGGAGCACCACUCCAGUGCCGGAGAAGUAGAAGGCCCAUCGUCACCAUCUGCUACCGAAGUGGGACAAGGGACCUCCACAAGGGCUUCCCAAGCAACCGCUCCCCCCACUUCAGAAGUGGAGGCUUCCUUGGCCGGACAGUCACGGCACAAAAGAUCCGCGCAGCCUGGUGACACUUCGGUCAAUGUACAGGUACUUGAGUACCUUAAUAGGGCCAGGCAUGAGGACACUUAUGACCUCUAUGCCAGGAGUCUGGCCACACAUUUCCGUAACUUGACUCCAGAACGUUACUUUCGGGUACAAACGGUCAUCAGUACAGUUCUGGAGGCAUGCACGCCACCAAAUGAUCCCUCAGAUCUAUUUAGGGCCAGUGAUAAUUGGCAGAUGUAUGGCAACACAAGUGGGCCAGUCCAACGUUCCUCUCCGCCAGUGUUUCCACCCCACCAAGAAUAUCCGCCACAUCACGGGCGUCACUAUGUUCCCCCACCUCCCCAUUAUGGCCCAUCAUAUAGUGGGGAAGCCACUUACCGCCCACCGGGACCCUCUGCCUCCCAAAGUGUGCCACAACCACAGCCUGGGCCCUCCGCACCAGGCAGUUAACCUGGCCCCCAGUAUGAGGCUGGCGGUUCAUCGCCCCAUCGCUUUAUGCAACUUUAAUGUGUGCAAUAUUUUGUUUUAUGUGUUAUUGGCCUGUACAGGCACACCUUUUUUGAGUUCACUACAAAAAAAGACAACU